AUGUCUAAAACGUGGUCGCAUCCACUUCCUCGACGGUCACCGGGGAGUUUUCAUGCAAGUCGAGCCCUCAGAAGAACAGGGCCAUAUCAGAGCAAAGAGGACCGCGACGAUGAUUACAAACACGGACUGGACAGAUAUGAAGAACUCGAGAAAUCACAAGCAUAUUCGGCUGUAAAUUAUGAAGGGUAUACAAGGCAAGAACAUGCAGCAAAGGUUGCCAUGCCAUCCCCAAAAGUGGAGGGCACGCCAUCAGAUAGACGCAAAGCCUUGUAUCAAAAAUUCUACAAACAUUUACAAGAGGCAAAGACGCCAGAUUGUGUCGUCCUAUCUACCACCAACGAGAACCAGGAAUACACCAUAUCACUAUGUCAAGCCUUGCAGAAGCGUGGCUUGCACGUGGAAAUGCUCUACCUUCACGCGGAGUCUGGUCUGACCCGUGCCUUACAGGACAUCCGAGCUGACGGCUCUUCUAUAUGUAUUCUGGUGGAGCAGAGAAAUAUAGCACUGUGCUCUUGCACUGUUAUAAUAUUUGCACAAUCACUCAAAAUCCAUCGCAACAUGCCCCAAGAUCAGGCUUUGGACUUUGUUGUAGCAGAAUACAAUCGAGGCCUUUCUGAAGAGCGCCCUUCCAAGGACCCUUCUGAGCUGGCUGCGGAAACCUCCCAAAUGCUGGAUGAUUAUUUGAACAGAGACAAGCACAUGCACCAUUAUGUUCCUUCUGAUGUGCGCCACCUUCUCAUGUUUCUCGCAGAAGGUGUCCAUGUUGACAAAGGAGAGCUAGAUAUGCUCUCAGAGUAUGUCCUGUCCAGACAGGAACAAGCAGAUAAAUCUAUGGAUGGGAUUACAAGUCUGCAGUCUGCUGGACUGGGCAAACCACCUCCUUUGCUGCCCACACCGAUCCUCUCUCAACCUCCACUGGGCUACUCUUCUCAAUCUUUACCAGGCACGCCCCCUCCACUGAUGUCAAAAUGUCCAUUUGGACCUAUGUCUACACGCAUGCCUGGACCCCGUGCCCCUUUGUUAAACACGCCACAAUUCCCCAGGGGACCUCCACGCAGAUUAGGCCCUCGACCUGCUCUUCUCCCAUGGCCAGGUGGACCACUUUUACCUCGACAUAGGCUCCCUCCUCACAAUUAA